CUCUCUCUCAAACCACAUAACAAUGGCUAGUCCAAACCCAGAAGCUAAAGUUAUAGCUGGUUCUACUCCGCCGGCGCUGCCACCGCAGCCGCCGACGACGAUGAGGAGCUCGUUACUGGAAGAAGUAAUAGUUCCGGAGCCGAAGAAUCGCCGGAAUGUGAGGUUCGCCUUCGCCUGCGCCACCCUUGCCUCCAUGACCUCCAUCCUCUCAGGCUAUAACAUCGGAGUGAUGAGCGGGGCGGUGCUGUUCAUCAAGGAGGACCUGAAGAUCAGCGACACGAAGGUGGAGAUCCUGGUGGGCAUCCUGAACCUCUACUCGCUGGUCGGCUCCUUCGCGGCCGGCCGCACCUGCGACUGGAUCGGCCGCCGCUACACCAUCGUCUUCGCCUCCGCCAUCUUCUUCGCCGGCGCCCUCCUCAUGGCCCUCGCCCCCACCUACGCCCUCCUCAUGCUCGGCCGCUUCGUCGCCGGCGUCGGCGUCGGCUACGCCCUCACUAUCGCCCCCGUCUACACCGCCGAGCUCUCCCCCGCCUCCUCCCGCGGCUUCCUCACCUCUUUCCCCGAGGUGUUCAUCAACUCCGGCAUCCUCCUCGGGUACGUCUCCAGCUACGCCUUCGCCGGCCUGCCCCUGCACCUCGGGUGGCGCGUCAUGCUCGGAGUCGGCGCGAUCCCGUCCGUCCUCCUGGCCAUGGGCGUGCUGGCGAUGCCCGAGUCCCCGCGGUGGCUGGUCAUGAAGGGCCGCCUCGCGGAGGCCGCGUCGGUCCUGCGCCGCACCGCCGACACCGCCGAAGAGGCCGAGCUCCUCCUCCUCGACAUCAAGAAGGCGGCCGGCAUUCCCGCCGACCGCACCGCCGAGGGCGUCUGGCAGGAGCUGCUCGUCCGGCCGACGGCCCCCGUGCGCCGAAUCCUCGUAUCCGCCGUCGGCAUGCACUUCUUCCAGCAGGCCUCCGGCAUCGACUCCGUCGUGCUGUACAGCCCCCGCGUGUUCGAGAAGGCCGGCAUCGCCGACAAGACCGAGCUGCUGGGCACGACGGUCGCGGUCGGCCUCGUGAAGACGCUCUUCAUCCUCGUCGCCACGUUCCUGCUCGACCGCGUCGGCCGGCGGCCGCUCCUGCUGAGCAGUGCGGCCGGAAUGGUGGCGUCGCUGGCGGGGCUGGGGAUCGGUCUGACCGUAAUUAGUCAUCGGACUGACGGCGCGGCGGCGUGGGCCGUGGCGCUCAGCAUCGCGUCGACUCUCGCCUACGUCGCGUUCUUCUCGAUCGGGCUCGGGCCGGUCACGGGCGUCUACACGUCCGAGAUCUUCCCGAUGCGCCUGCGGGCGCUGGGGUGCGCCGUGGGCGUGGCGGUGAACCGCAGCACCUGCGGCGUCGUCACGAUGACCUUCAUAUCGCUCUACAAUGCGAUCGGCAUCGGCGGCAGCUUCUUUCUCUACGGUGGGAUCGCCGCAGCCGCGUGGGUGUUCUUCUUCACCUACCUGCCGGAGACCCGCGGGCGCACGCUCGAAGAGACCGGCGAGCUGUUCAAUGAACACCCGCGUCAAGGAGAGGAGGAGCAAUUGCUACAGAAACAGGGACCACCAAUGGGCAAUUACCGAAAAGUCUAGUGGCUUAGUCUGUUAGGGAUGGGAUUGUAAGAGAGAAACAAAUGGGAGGACUUUAUUGAGAAAACUGUUAAAGAGGAUAAUGUAACUUACCCACGGAUGAUAGAUCAUUGGUUGAUAUAAUAUAAUUGGAUGGGAAAAGACGAGUA